CCUGGGGAUCAGGGUCCACUGGCCAGCUGACAGCGGCACCUCGACCGCCAGCCGGGCGCCCGUCACGAGCGCGAAACUCCAAACACGCCUACAAACAGCAUCACCAGAGGCCGCUGUGACGUCGUCUCCAGUGGCCCGCUUGGCCUGUUCCAGUGCCACACCAGCGAACAGGAACCCCCCCGUGCGUGCCUGGCCCAGUCUGGCGGUCGCCGACCUGCAGCCGCCCAUGCGCUAGCCGAGCCUCACCAGCUGGUGACGACCUCCGUUAUCAGGCAUCCCUCUCGCUUGCCCGUCGCCCUGUCUUACCCAUCUUUUGUAACCUCUGCACGCUCCCAACAACACGUCGACGUCCGACCUCCCGCUCGUCUCGUUCCACCUCCUUCCGUCGCCGGCAACCACAGCGCCGCAUCGUCCGGGACGGGAGAUGUCUCGGGAUGGCUACCCACGUCUUGAUUGCCCAUACGGGCCAGCGACUCGAGGUCGACACAGCGCAGUUCUCCAGCCUCGAUGACUUGAAGGUCUGGGUCGCCCGAAACAGCUCCGUAUCCCUCCAGCAUAUGGUGGCUCUGACGCCCCAGGGACGCACCCUCAAGUAUGCGAGUCUCCAUGCCGAGAAAGAAAUCUACAUCUACGACAUCCGAGUCACCCAGCAGCAAACAGCGUCUACUGUGGCGUCGCCGUCGCUCGUUUCCGAAACGCCCGCACCGCGCCGCCUCUCCAUCCCCACAGCACCAAACUCUAUAGAUGACGUCCAGGCCAUCACAUCAUGGCAGCACCUUUACGAGGAACGCCGCAACUGGGCCGUGCGGCUCACGGAAGAGUGCGCUCGCUUGAGCGAUGCUGCCACUGCGCGCUACGAUGAGAUGGACGUCAUGAUCAAGUGCUUGGACGCCGCCGUUACUAAUCUCGAGCUGAGCGUAAAGCAGAUCGAGCCCAAGUAUAACGAGCUGAAGAAGUGGGUAGAGCCAGCUUUAGCAGAGCAUGGGCAGCUCGCUGCAUCCUGGGAGCAAUACCUGGCGCUCGCCCGCAAGACCCCGGUCUCGCCCGCCAUGGUCAAGUUCAUGACGCGCGGCGAAGUCACCAAGACUAAUGUCACUCUAGAGGACCUUGUGGAGCUGGAGACGGCGAAGAAAGCUGGUAAGCUGGCAGCUACCGCCCAACGACGGUUUAGCGACAAAGCCGCCGAGCUAGACAAGAUGGCAACACAAAUGUACCGCGGCCUCGAGGGGCUGGCCUCCGACUUUGAGCAACUCAUGAGUCGGUCAGCCUUGGCGCACAGCACCGACGCCAUUCACUUGCUCCAUGACAUCGAGGCCGUGGCCAGUCAGAUCGACUCCGACUACAAGACCGCUCUCGGCUACGCCGGGUCGCAACGGGAUCUUGCUCAGGCAUCUAAGACAGCCUCGAACCACACGGAGCGACUGGUGCCCUCUCUUAAGAAGCGAGCCAAGGAGAUGGACGAGAUAGUGCAGUACGUCACUGAUGCCCGCAAUGCUAUCGCCCGCGAGUCCGUCAUCCACAUGCGGACGACAACGGACGUCACUGCCCUCUAUAGCAGCGUUCGCAACCAGAUCAACGUUUUGAACCAGUCCGAGGACGACCUGACAACGUUUGAUUACCUUCGUCUCAUCCAUCAGCUUCCGUACAUGUACGCGUCGUUUGCCGUCGAGGCCAUUCGGCGCCGAGAGUGGGUCGACAAGGUCAAGACGGACUCGUCGACACUCGCAAACGAGAUGGCGCUAUUUCAGGACGAGGAGUCAAAGAGACGGCGACGAUGGCAGAAGAUGGUCGGCAGUAUGUACGGGCCGUCGUCCGAGAUCAGCGUUGUCGGCCUUGAAGUGAACUUGCUGGGCGAGGACGUGCCGUGGCCUGCACUCGCAAAAGACGAGCUGGACGCCUUUGUCCAGCACCUGCAGGAAAGUGAUGUCGACCCUGUCAUCCUCGAAGAUGUUACCAAGCUCAUCCAGGAGCUCAACAACCCCACGAAGCAGCAGUCGAAGCGGCUAAAGGCAUUCAAGAACGGCAGCGUCCACGAGGCGGCACUGGGCCGAAGCGGUCUGCUGAUUCGCGGUGAUGAUGAUCUCCUCCGCACGUUGCAAGACGACAAAACCAAGCUGGAGAGCAAGCUCAAGACGGCAGAGAGUCGGGUGCGGAGACUGGAGGACCUUUUGCACAGGCAGAGUCAGACCUCCCGCCCCGGAAACCUGUUUCAGCCUCAGAAGAACCAGCCGCACGAGAGGCAAGACUCGAUUUCGUCCGUCAAGUCGGGUCGCCCGGAUGACCGCCGAAUGUCUUCUGACGGCGCCGAUCCGCUGCUGCGGAAGAUCACUCAGCUCGAAAACGACUUGCAGGAGGAGAAGCAGCGCUCUGCACAAUUUGAGAGGGAGCUCAACGCCCGCAGCACUCAGCACGCCGAUAUGGAAUACCAAAUUCAGGAAGUCAACUCGACCAAGAAGGACCUUCUCGAGAACAUGGAAGCUCUCGAGAGGGAGUUUAUGGACGAAAGAAAGUCAUUGGAAGACGAGAUCAAGACUCUCAAAGCUCGCCUCGAAGAUACGGAGGACGAGAUUGAGCACUUUGGCGAGUCGCGAGAAAACGAAAAGGCGACCUAUGACGAGAAGGUGCGCGCGCUCGAGGCCGAAGUUGAACGCCUCACGAGGGAACGCGGCGACGACGUCCUCAAGGCUCAGGGUCAAGUGGAGUUCCUGCGAAAGGAGGCGCAAAUGCAACGCGACCGCCUCGAAGCGUCGGAGCGCCAGGUACAAGUGGUGGCUGAGCAAAACCGCUCCGUCUCGCAAGAAUUGGGCGAGGCUCGCGAGACGAUCGAGGUGCAGGAUCAGGCACUGCGAAAACUGCACGAGAAUAUGGCGCCCGAUGCAAGCGUGCCAGCGGACUUGAUAGACCUAACUGACUCGCUUCAGUCGCACGCGACGGGGCUCCUGGCCAAGCUGGGCAAUGCCGAGAGCGACCUGGCUGUAGCCAGGCUAGACCUUGAGCAAGCCUUGAAUUCACUCAGGGACAGCAAAACAGAAAUGGCCAGUGUCAACUGCAAGCUGGCGGAGGAAGAAGAAGCAGCCCUGCGCCUGCGCGAGACAGUGGCCGAAGAGAAGGCCAAGGCUACUGCUCUCGAGGGCGAGGUCUCUGAAGGGCGAGAACAGCUGGGCCGCCUGCGCGCGCAGCUCUCGGACGGGGCUUCGGGUUCCGAGACGCUACAGAAGAGGCUCGAGGACGAGGAAAGGAAAGUCGCCUGCCAGGCGGAAGAAUUAGCCACGCGCCAGUCGCAGGUCGGCAGCCUCGAGGAGGAACUCCACAUGGUGAAGCAGAGGGUCGAGUUCGUGCAGAGCAAGAUGAGCGCCAUGUCAGCGCAGUACGAGGCUCGCGACGGACGGACCAAGGGCCUGAGCCAGCGACUGUACUCACAGAACGACCGCCUCACACGUCUACUGGAGCGCAUCGGAUAUUCGGUCACGCGGCAAGGCGGCGAGAUGGCCAUCAACAAGAUCCCCCGGUCGGAGAGGAGCACGCAGAACCCCAAUGACUCGUCCGAUCCAGGAUCCUCGCUUCGUCGUUCGGCAAGCCUGGGCGUUCAGCAGAUGACUGACAGCGGGGACCUCGAGCCGCUGUAUUGGAUAGACGGAAGCGAUGGCUCGACUGAGGCCGAGAAAUACGAGCACUUCAUGCAGACGCUCGGCUGCUUCGACCUAGACCUGUUCUCCGAGACGGUGUACCUCAGGAUCAAGGAAGCUGAGCACAAGGCCCGCAAGUGGCAAAGAGAGGCGCGGGGCUAUCGCGACCGGGCUCACGCAGCACAAAAGGACGCGCACGACAAGAUUGCCUUUAGGCAUUUCAAGGAGGGCGACCUGGCGCUAUUCCUGCCGACGCGUAACCAGCAGGCCGGGGCGUGGGCGGCGUUCAACGUGGGGUUCCCGCAUUACUUUCUUCGGGAGCAGGAUGCGCAUCGGCUGCGGCACAGAGAAUGGCUCGUUGCCCGGAUCUCACGGGUACAGGAGCGGGUCGUUGACUUGUCCAAGAGCCUUCAGCCGGCCAACGAUGCCGAGUCGGUCAACGACGACGAGAACGACAAUCCGUUCCAGCUGUCGGACGGGCUGCGAUGGUACCUUAUUGAUGCCCACGAGGACAAGCCGGGAGCCCCAUCCACGCCCGGCAUGGGCAAGUCGACGGUGGCGGCCAACACUGUGGAGGCGACGGCGGACAUUCAGUCGCACGCGGGCAAGGGCAAGGGCAAGAACCGCGACAGCGUGGCCAGCAUCGAGGGAAUCAAUAGGACGCUGUCGAAGAGCCUAGACAGUCGACGCAGCAGCUCAAACUCCAAGAAGGCUUUGCCGUUGGCAAUCGGAGGGGGCGCCGGCACGGCUUUACUGAAGAAUAGCGCGCUAGCUAGCGAGACUAACUCUCUGCGAGCGGCAGCGACGGACACGCCGGCGGGCACGAGCCCUGCGCAGGCGAGCCUCCUCUCAGCGAGCCUCGCGAACCCCGCCGAGCAGCCGUGGCCGGCGCCCCGAUCGGUGCCGGGCGAGAGCUCGGUUCAGGGCAGCCCGGCACCCAAGUCCCCUGAGCCACGUGCGCCACUGCAGCGUGAGGAGUCGGCCGGAAGUCCCAGCAAGAAGUCGGUGCUAUGGGAUUCGUUGUGGAGCGUGGACUAUAGCUACGAGAGCCCGUCGAAGAGGGCGUGAACGCGGAGAAUCGCGCGGCGGGGGCUGGUAGUGAGUGGUGCAUGACCCCACGACUGAGUGCUUAGAAAGGCUCCCCGAGGAAGGAAGAGGCUAUACUUGAUACCCCGUACUUGUGGAAGAGUGCUGCUGGAGGCAGCCUCGAUUUGGGUGGGCGAGUUGGGCGUUGGCUUUUGAGCCUUGUUCUCAGCAUCAUGGCAACAAGCAAGCAUGCGAGGGCGCUUUUCUUUUUCUUUUGGGAUUGCUCUGUCUUUAUAGGUUGCAUUCUGUACUUCGUAUGGUAUUCUGCGUGGCCCUAUUAGGUGAUGGGGCACGUAGCUGAAGAGCGAGAAGGAAAUACGGAUGAUUCGACAUCGGAGCGACAUGUGCUCUAUGAGGUACUUCGUACUUACUGAUGCUUUGACACCCUUGCAUUAUCGGCGCAUCCGACUUUUGUAGGCACCUUGGUGUGUGCGGGUUCCUAGGGGCAUCCAUGGAUCUCUUUAAACACUGAGCUGACUUGAGUACGACCAGCCAGGUACCGUAUGAGGAUUUCAGCUCGUAUGCGACGUCAGGC